AUGGCGGCGGCGGCGGUAGCCAGCGGCUGGAGCGACGACGACCCGGCCGCCGGCGAGUGGACCACCGUCACCCGCUCCGGCCGCUCCACCCACUCCGGCCCGGCGGGGCGCUACCCCACCACCACCCCCGCCCCGGCCGCUCCUCCCCGCCCCGCGCCGAAGGCUGGCGACGUCGCCAAGGCCUUCGCCGGGCUCGAGAUCAAGGCCAAGCCCGCGGCCGAGGCCGACGCGGGCCGCGGCGGCAGGCUCGACAAGUACGACAUCCCCGUGGAGGUGAGCGGCGAGGGCGCGCCCGCGCCCGCCGCGGGCUUCGAGGAGGCCGGGCUCGUCGAGGCCGUGCUCCGCAACGUCGCGCGCUGCGGCUACGACAGCCCCACCCCCGUGCAGCGCUACUCCAUGCCCAUCGUGCUUGGAGGGCGGGACCUCAUGGCCUGCGCGCAGACCGGUUCCGGCAAGACCGCCGCCUUCUGCCUCCCGGUGAUCAGCGGCCUCGUCGCCGAGGAUGCGGCGGGUGCGGGCCGCGGCGACAGGGACGCGUUCGGCUACGACGACUACACCCGCGCCGCCAGGCCGCGCGCCCUCGUGCUCGCGCCCACCAGGGAGCUCGCCGCGCAGAUUCACGAGGAGGCCAAGAAGUUCUCUCACCAAACUGGAAUCAAAGUUAAGGUGGCAUAUGGAGGAACUUCAAUGAUUCAACAGCUACGUGAUAUAGAAAGCGGCGUGGACAUUCUUGUUGCUACACCUGGCCGCCUUGUGGACAUGAUUGAAAGAGGAAGGGUCUCUCUCGAGGCAAUUAAGUACCUGGUAAUGGACGAGGCUGACAGGAUGCUGGAUAUGGGGUUUGAGCCUCAGAUAAGAAAGAUUGUUGAUGGCAUGGGUAUGCCUCGAAAGUCAAUGAGACAAACUAUGCUUUUCAGUGCAACCUUUCCACCGCAAAUACAGAGAUUGGCUUCAGACUUUUUGGCGAAGUACAUAUUUAUCACUGUUGGGAGGGUGGGUUCAAGUACUGAUCUAAUUACCCAGAAACUUGAGUUUGUCACUCAAGAUGAGAAAAAAACCUACCUGCUAAAUCUCCUGCAGGAGCAAUCUUUCUGUUCAUCUGAUGGCAAGCAGCCUCUAACACUAGUUUUCGUGGAGACAAAACGAGAUGCUGAUUCAUUGAGGUAUUGGCUAUACAACAAAGGUUUCCCUGCAACAGCGAUCCAUGGUGACAGAACACAAGAGGAGAGGGAAAGCGCAUUGAGAUCCUUCAAGUCUGGCUUGACUCCUAUCAUGGUCGCCACUGAUGUAGUCGCGCGUGGCCUGGAUGUCCCAAAUGUUAGUCAUGUGAUCAACUAUGACCUUCCCAAGAGCAUCGAGGACUACGUCCACAGGAUUGGAAGAACUGGGAGAGCUGGAAAUGCUGGGUCUGCCACCGGGUUGUUCACUGAACAGAACCACCCCAUUGCAAAGGGACUGCUGGAACUGAUGACCGAGGCAAAACAGAACGUUCCUGGCUGGCUAGAGGAUUACGCAGGGAGGCCAUGCUAUGGAGGGUUGAGCUACGGUGGAAGAGGCCGUUCCAAUGGUGGUGGUGGAAGCAGCUUUGGUGGCAGAGAUUAUCGCAACGGUGGAGACUAUUCUGGCUACUCUGGUGGUGGUGGCGGUGACAGCUACUCAGGUGGUGGUGGCCGUGGUGGUUAUGGUGGUGGCCGUGGUGGCUACGGUGGUGGUGACAGCUUCUCAGGUGGUGGUGGCCGUGACAGCUACUCAGGUGGUGGUGGCCGUGGUGGCUACGGUGGUGGUGACAGCUUCUCAGGUGGUGGUGGCCGUGACAGCUACUCAGGUGGUGGUGGCCGUGGUGGUUACGGUGGUGGCGGUGGCCGUGGCGGCUACGGUGGUGGUGGUGGUCGCGGUGACAGCUACACAGGUGGUGAUGGUCGCUGUGGCGGCUACGGUGGUGGUGGUGGCCGUAGUGGUUACGGUGGUGGCGGCAGGAGCUACUCGGGUGAUGGCGGUGGUGGUGGCAGGAGCUACUCGGGUGAUGGCGGUGGUGGCAGAUACUCCAGUGGAGGGGGCUCCUCCAGGGCAAAUGAUCCACCUCCGCGGUACUACCCUUCCUACCCCAUGGGCACAACAAACAUCAGCGCCUCUGGCUGGGACUAG